AUGAGAUUUUCAUUAAAAAGAUACCUGAUAUUUUUAUUCUUUGUAUAUGUUUUACUAUUUGCAUGGAAUUUUAUAUCAAGAAAAUAUGGAAGAAGUACAUUUUUAGAAACUUGUAAUUUUCCCAAGAAAUAUCAAGAUGAAUUACACAUAUUUACCAAUGAGGUUCAUAAAAUUUUAAAAGUUUUAAAUGUAACACAUUUUUUAUGUUAUGGAAGUUUAUGGGGUGAAAUAAGAUUUUCAAGGGUUUUGCCGUGGGAAGAUAAAUCAGUUAUGUGUAUAUUAAAUGAAGAAAUAUUAACCAAAGAUGAAUUAUCAAUAAUAAGAAUUUUUAAAAAUAAUGGAUUUUAUAUAUCAUACCAAAGUUCGGAGGGUCAAUAUGUUGUGACAAAAUUAAAUAGCGAUAAAAAAAUGAGAGUUUUACUCGUUUUAUUCGAAUUGGAUAAAGUGGUUGAAAUGUAUAGAAGAAUAGGAUGGAAAAGAAGAUUUCUUCCACCCGAUUGUAGUCUUGAAAGUCUCGAUUGUUUUCCUCCGAGACUUAUAAUACCUCCAUUACCAAUAAAAGAAUUUGGUGGAUCAUUAAUACCUGCACCGAGAGAAGGGAUAGAAAUGCAAAAAUAUCAUUAUAAAAAUAAUUGGUGGAAUGAAGUACCCAUUAAAAACUGUUAA